GCGGCCCCGCUGCGCACACCGCCGCCCACCCGCGGCCGCCGCGCGCCCCGCCCGCUCGCUCCCAUUCUCGCCCAUCAUGACUGUCUGCAAAGCUCUUGCGGAGCAGCUGCGGUGGCGCAGGCGGGAGCGGCGGGAGGAGUGCUGAAGACAGCGGCCGACCGGGAGUGCACGGACGCCGCGUCCGGGACCAGCCCCGCAGCUCCAGGGCUGUUCAAAGAAUGUUCACCUAUUUAAUAUGAAGAGAUGUUGUUAUAAAGCCCCGGGGAGGAUGUAGAAGCAGCAACUCAGCUGCUAAAUUGGCUAUCGCAGCGUAAGCCUCGGGGUCCCAAUGGGGGACUCAGGAUCAAGGAGAUGUACCCUGGUCUCCCGGUUGCCAAUAUUCAGGAAAAGUAUUAGCAGAAGACAUGACUCUCUCCCUUCUUCGCCCUCUUCCGGUAACACAGCUGGGGUCCACAGCUCCUCCCCUUCCAGCACUAACUCCAGCUCAGGGAGCGUGGGGAAACGCAGGAGCAUAUUCCGGGCUGCCUCCAUCAGCUUCCACUACAAGAAGGGGAGUGAACCCAAGCCAGAACCCGUCGACCAGAACCUUAGUAUUUCCAAUGGUGCUCAACCCAGUCACAGCAACAUGCAGAAACUAAGUUUGGAGGAGCAAGUCAAAACCAGGGGAAGACAUUCUGUGGGCUUUAGUACUUCACGAAGUAAGAAGAUCACAAGAUCUUUGACCGAAGAUUUUGAAAGGGAAAAGGAACCCCCAGCUAAUAAGAAUGUCUUUAUAAAUUGUCUAAGUUCUGGCAGAAGUGAAGGGGAUGAUUCUGGAUUCACAGAAGAACAAACUCGCCGUUCUCUAAAACAAUCAACCAAGAAGCUGCUCCCCAAAUCCUUUUCAUCUCACUCUAAAUUUUCCAAGUCGAUUCCACAGAGCCAAUCCAAGUCACUGGUACAGCAGCCUGAGUUCUCGCUGGCUGUCGCACAGUACCAGGAGCGGGAACCCACCUUAGGAAGACCUUCCCCAUCUUGCUCUGCCGAUGUAACAGAGCACGCAGGAAGUUCCUUACAGUCGCCUCUGCUUUCCACUGACCUGACCACAGCACAGACCCCUUCAGAAUUCUUGGCCUUGACUGAAGACUCUCUGUCGGAGGCAGAUGCCUUUCCUAAAAGUGGAAGCAUGGCUUCGCACUGCGACAACUUUGGUCACAAUGAUGCUACCUCUCAGCCCAACCCCAGUCUCACUGCUGGCACAAAGACGAUGGAAUUUGUGGGGACUGUACCCUGUAUGAUGAUGUCUCCUGGGAGGUACAGGUUGGAUGGUCGGUGUGGCACCGAACUGCAUUCUUUACCAGAGACUGCUGCUGCUGACCAGAGGGAAGUAUUACUGCAAAGUGCUGGACCCCCUGUUUGGAAUGUGAGUGACCCAGAGACCCACCCACCAGCUGCUCAUCAAAGAGAAGAGGAACCCUCCGAACCAAUGCGGAGGACCAGCUCACCCAGGACACUGGGCUCCUAUGACCAGAACAAGGCUCUGGCUGAACGCAUUAAAGGGGUCCACCCUGUUUCAGAUUCAAGGGUAAUCCCUUCAUCCGGGGAUCCUCGUGUUCGUAACAAAGCAUCUUACGGAUAUGAAGGAAGUGCUGUCAAAGUUCUUGCCAGCAGCCUCAGUCCGUACCAUGAAGGAAGAUAUAUGGAGCAGCGGCUGCGGUCUUCAUCUGAAGGGACAGCAGGGAGCGGCAGAAUGGUCUUAAAGCCGAAGGAAGGGCAUGCAGAGGCCAGUAGCUUAAGAAAGCACAGAGCUGGGUCCUCAUCCUCCAAAAUGAACAGUCUGGAUGUUCUAAAUCACUUGGGAUCCUGUGAGCUGGAUGAAGAUGAUCUAAUGCUUGAUUUAGAAUUUUUAGAGGAACAGAAUCUUCAACCCCCAGUUUGCCGGGAAGAUUCCUGCCAUUCGGUAAUGUCGUGUGCCGCUGUCCUUCUUAGCCCUGUGGACCCAACAAGAGAAAAGAAGAAGCUAGAAGAACCAAAAUGUCCUGAGCCUUCUAAACAGAGCCUUUCCCUGAAAAUAACAAAAGACAUUGAUCAAGAAGCCCGGUGUUCCCAUGUCGGCCGAAUGCCCAACAGUCCCUCCACAGACUGGCCCCUGCUGGGUGUGGAGGAAAAUGGAGGUGUAGAUUCCCUGCCGUUCAGACUGAUGCUACAGGAGUGCACGGCAGUGAAGACGCUGCUUCUGAAGAUGAAGAGAGUGCUUCAAGAGAGUGAUGUAAGCCCUUCCAGCAGUACCACAUCGCUUCCCAUCAGCCCUCUCACGGAAGAGCCUCUGCCUUUCAAGGAUAUAACAAAAGAUGAAUGCUCAAUGCUGAAGCUGCAGCUGAAAGACAGGGAUGAGCUCAUUGCUCACCUUCAAGCAGAGCUGGAAAAAGUGCAGCAUUUACAGAAGGCUUUUGCUUCACGCGUAGACAAAUCCACGCAGACUGAACUUCUAGGCUGUGAUGGUUUAAGCUUGAAACGACUGGAGGCAGUACAAGGCGGGAGAGAGUCUACAUACCGGAAUCGAGCCAUGAGUCAAAGUCUCAGCACAAGGGACAGAAAAGCAAUACAUACUCCCACCGAGGACCGCUUUAGAUACUCUACAGUUGACCAGACAAGUCCCUACAAGAACAUCUGCCAACUCCCAGGUCUAUGUCUAAGCAAUUUCUUGAAGGACAAGGAAUUAGGAGGAGUUAUGAAACAUUCAAGGGGUGCUUAUGAAGCCAUCACCUCAGAAGGGACACAGAACUCGAGGACCACUGUGGGACCAAGCUUUCUGAAGCCAGCAACAAAGACAGAAGGGCUCUCCAUGUUCUCGGAGAAACCAAAAGACCCAGCAGCUCUGUCCCGACAGCACUCGACCUUCACAGGCAGGUUUGGACAGCCACCCAGAGGACCUAUCUCCUUACACACAUACAGCAGGAAGAAUGUUUUUCUCCACCACAAUUUACACACCACAGAGUUCCAGACUCUGGGGCAGCAGGAUGGGUAGUUAGACCCUUGCCCUGUAAACAAUAGAGAUGGCUACUGCUCCAUGUGCCAUGUAAGAGUGGUCAUGUUCAUUUUACUAGUUUUAUUUUUAGCUGUAAGCAAAGACUUAUGGGCUUUUUUCUUUUAUUUCUAAGGACGAGGGUUUGAGUAUGUUGACUUACUAGGUUUAAUUGUGCAGAAGACUUUGUUGUCUAUGGAAAUACACAUAUAUAAUGAAUGGAAUCAUCUUGCUGACUUAUGUAGUCUAUAAGUUAUUUAUAUUUUUUCUGUAUAACUUGCUAAUAUGCAUUGGGAUUUCAGAAGGUAAUGUCAAAUAGCUCUCUGAUUAUGGUGUUACUAUAAAGUAGGUUAGAGGAAUGAGUAUAGGAAGGAACUGUACAGUUUUAGAUUAAAUAGUUGCUAAAAAGAGAGGAACGGACUUUAAAGCUUAUACUAGACAGUGUGUUUGUUAGUGGAAUGAAGCUUGUGUGCAUGUAACGUGAGAUACCUUCAUCUCUCUAUUACAUACAUUCAAGCUUGUGGAGCUAUUGGGAGGGAAGGACCAUUUAUUUUGUUUUUCAAAUGUUUAGUUACACUAGUUCACAAAGGAUAGAGAGCCACAGCUCUACUCUUUACAAGGUGUUUUUUUUUUAAUUUCUACUGAUAUAAAAAGUAUCACAGAAUGAAGUGACAGAGUCAGCUGAACUUUGCCAAAUGGCACACUUUGUGGGUAUUGUCAUGGAUAAAUGAGAACAUUUUUUUCUUUAAAUUUCAAAGAUUUACUAUUCUAAAAAAUAUAUAUUCUUUUACUUCACUUUCUUUUUAUUCUCAAAAUACUCAUUUAUUUUUAUAUGCACCCAGGUUUACUUUAUACUCAUUAACCCAUGGUAUUUUAAUUAAGAAACAGAAAGAACAGUUUUUGUUUUGUUUUAUUGUUUUGUUUUUUGUAACCUGUAUAUAAAAUUCUGGCUAUGCACUCUACUAGAUUUGCAACCGAAAGUAAAAUUUGUGAACUUUGGCAAUUUGAUCUAUGAAAUCUAUCUCUCAUCAAAACAUUUUAUUCUCAUUAGGUGGCAAACAUUAGUCUUCGACAUGUAAGGCCUGGUGUUUUGCCUACCCGAGUGCAUAGGAGGUAGAUCAAAACAGCUAAAUAGAAACACAUUGCUCAUGUAGUUAUAGAAGAGUAUCAAAUGGCAGUUGCCUUAGAGAAAGAUCAGGGCUGGUAAGUACUCACAUUCCGUAUAGUGGGUGUAUUGAGACUCUCAAGCCCACUGCAUGUCCUGCUUCUAAAGCAUUCUCUAAUAGACAGGCUCCAUCAGCAUGCACAAAUGAGACAAACAAAGGGAAAAUGACACUCUAGUUACAGCAUGGCAUCUGACUAAGCUGCUGAAGUUAAAGCCACACCUAACAUGCACCGCCUAACAUAAAAAUGUAUUUGAACUCUACACUUUGGGGGAGAACCCUGAGACGCCUAUCCUAGCUUUAACUAUUGUUUUGGCUAUGUUGUACUUCUUUUAAUUUUACGGAUGAAGACUUACAUCACGUAAGCUUUCUUUGGUGUUUGUUUCAUGUGUGUUUUUAUAAUUUUGUUAAAGAUAAAAAGACACCUGAGCUUGCUGCCUAACAUUUCCAGCAUCUACUAGAAGCUGCAAAAGUCAUGUGGAUAUGCAUUAUGAGCUGGAUAAUAUUUGUGAAAUUAUAGGGAAAAAAAGAUUAGUUGUAGAAUUUAACUUGAUUUGAACCGAAGGUUAGUUUCUCUUCUUAGAAUAUUUUAAACUUGUAAAUACCCGAGCAUGACAAACAAACAAACAAAAAAAAGUUUUUUGUUUUUUUUUCUCUAGGAUAUGGAAGAAUAUGCAAGGAAACAAGUAAUGUUUUUAAGUUGCAUUUUGAAGUUUAUAGUUAUGUUUUCUUGGAAGAUAGCUUUUGAAUUAUUCUUUGUAAGAAAUACUCUAUUUAAAAAAUCCUGUCAUUUAAUAGACAUUUUAAGAGAUGUUUUAAACACUAGUAUUUUCUUGACAAACCUUUUUUAAAUGGGAACAUUCAAAAAGAAACCCUGGAUUAACCUGCUCAAUUUUGAAAGGAAGGGUAUUUUUGGAAUGAUCACCUUGAGACUGUUUUGUAUCAGUAUUUUCAUUAUGGUUCUAGUUUCAUUUGUAAUACCCAGUGUAACUCAGGCCUGGAGAAAUUUUAAGCCGACUAUAUUCAUGCAGGUCCAUAACAAUGGCCUGGGGUUCUUUUCCAAGUUCCUCUGUGUGGCUAUCCUAAGUCCUAACAACCUUGUGUGGGCAUUCUUUCAGUGGAUUGAUUUCUUUGUACUAAAAUCUCUAGUUUUCUAAGACUGUUCCGCAUAUUAAAUGGUUUUAUACAUUUCUCCAAGGCGGUACAUAUCCAAAGACACAAUGCCAGGGAAAAAGUGCUUGUUUUUCUGAUGUAGCAAUGGUCUCCUCCUUUUUCUUCUUUGCAUGUAUUUGUGUAGCUAAGCUUGGAUAACCAUGUAAAACUUCUGCUGCAGCUCUUCUCAAUGCGGGGUGUGCGAAGAGUCAUUUCUUGAAGAACUGUGUCUACCUGAAAUAAAUGAUUCUCACUUUUAUAACCACUGGGAUAUGAAGCUUUCUUUCUAUAAAGUCUGUGUUAGUAUAUAUAUAUAUACACACACACACACUAAGACUCACCACAGAAACAUGUCAACUCCCAGAUGAUUUCUGCUUCUCUGGAGCACCCUCCUUUUGUCUAAAUGAUGAAAUGAAGCAGUUGCUGCCACAGUAAAACAGUCAACAUGGUUGGCGUGAGGGCUUUUUGUUUUUUUACUGACUUAUGUACAAAAAAUAGGAUGGUAGUUAAUAUGAAAUAAUUUCAGGAAAUGGCAUGCACAAAGUCCCUUAAUAUAAUAUGUUUACAGAGGUUGUCAUGAAUAAUCUGGAUAUCUCUUCCGUGUAUUAAAGCUUAUAUAUUCUGAGACUUAAUCCCAGGCACCUAUCACUACUUUUAUUGUGACUAACUCUUCUUGAGUUAAAGGAAAAUUUCACAUUUCUUUUUGUUUUAUUUUUCUUGUAUGUUCAAUAGACAAACUAUUACUUACUCCCUGCUUCAAAAAGAGUCAAGAACCUUUCUCCCAUAUCUACACUUAAAGAUCACAUGCCAAAAAUAACUGGUCACUUUCCAUUUACCUUCCCAGUAAUUUAGUUGAUAAAAACCCAAGGGUAGUUUAUUAACUGGUGAAUCCUAUUUUCCACAUCAUUUAUCAUUACCUUAUUAACUUCCUUACCAAUACACUUAUCUACAGAAGUAGCUACCUAGGAGUGUCAAGUAGCCCAUCAUGGCUUUGAAGUUUUAUUUAAUAGUUUGUGGUUUCUAGGACCAUCUUUAUCUACCCACAGUGAGUACCUCUGUUUAAGCAAUUUAAUUUGUCUUUUAUUUUGUAACCUUAUAUCAUAUUUCUUUAUGCAUUUCUCAUACAUCUUUAGUUUGGUUGCCCACUUGACUUUUCUCAUCUCCUUGCUACCCCUACCAACUUAAAUUAUACCAUACCCAGUCAUGUUACUUCCUUGAUUAAAAAAAUACUAAUAUCUAACCCAUAUUUUUAGUAUAAAAAUAUAUAAUUUCUUUGGUGUUCUCUCUCUCUCACUCUCACUCUCUCAUUCACAUACAGAUAUACACAGACAAACACACACACACACACACACACACACACACACACACACACACACACAGAGCACAUUUUGAGUUUUCUUAAAUGGUUGUAAAAUACUUAAAGAACCAUUGCAUGGCCUAUACUCAGACAUAGAAAUUGAAAGUACCCUCAUAUUGUCAUGAAAGUAUGCCCCAAGAGCCAAUAAGUACACUUCUUCAAGUGUCUAUAUGAUCUCACAAUAUCAGAAUAAGUAUUGUUCUCUGCUCUGUUCUUUCAGACAAUGAGAUUUCAAAAAUCUGAAAUCAGGUAAUCAGGUGUAUUUCAUAAUUACAUAAAAUGACUGGACAUUUUUCAAUCUAUUUACUGAACCACAGGAUGUUUCCCUUUGACUGUGAAUACCAUCCUCUACAAAGGAUGUCAUCAAUUAUUUUCUUUUUUUUAAUUGAAAAUCCAUACAAUGUAUUCUGUUCAUGCUUCCUCCUCCCCAAUCUACCCAUUUCCCAUGCAUGCUCCAUAGAUUCUCUCUCUCUACUUAGAAAACAGACAAAUAAAAAAACCAACCAACCACCACCAACAACAAUAAUGAUGAUGAUGAAAAAGUACAAUAUACAGACACACACAAACACAGGCGCACACAAAACCCAUUGAAACACAAACUGGGAAAUCAUAAUAUAAAAGCAAAAGACUAGUAAGAUUUAAAGAAAAAAGCCCAAACAAAACAACAUGAGACAAAUGUUCCACAAAAACAUCAUUGAGCUUGUUUUGUGUGGGUCAUCUCUGCUGGCCAUGGGUCCUACACUUAAGUGUGGUUUAUAUAACUAUUGAGACUCCAUUGGAGAAGACUAACUUUUCCUUUAUAAGCAGUUGUCAAUUGAAGACAGCUUACUGGUUAGGGAUGGGAAUUUGUGUCUACAUCCCCCUCUCUGCCCUGGGAUCCCAUCUAGUUUGAAAUAUUUUCUUGAUGGAAAAAUUGUUUAGGUAUUUCAAUUACAAAACAAAAAUUUUACAUAUUUGAAAUUUAAUAUUUCAUAUAAUAUAUUAUAUAUUCUUUCAAAUAAUUUCAUAGUUAUAUAUAAAACAUACCUUUUUAUGAUUUUUAUUUCCCUAAUACAGUGAAAGUUCUCCUAUCUGAUAUAUAACCAGUAAAAUCAACAUCAAAGUUUUAAAUAUCAAAAAUGAAUCUCAUGACUUAAGGGAAGCUAAAAAAUCUAAUCACUUAUUUAACAAUGAAAAUUCAAAAAUAAAAUUAACACAGAAAUUUAAUUUCAGUUGUUAGUGUAGCCAAGUGUGAUGAUUGGGACAUCAUAAUAGCCAUAAUAUAGCAGACCAUUCACUUAUUUCUAGUAUUACACAGUCUAUACAAGCAGUUAGAUGACAAAAAUAGAAAAAAAAAUGAAAAGAAAUAUGUCAGUAUGUAUAAAAUACACAUAUAAAUGCAGUUUUAGAAGUAACCAUCUUAUAAAAUAAGAAACACAGAGCAAAUGUAAAGAUAAAAGCCCAAGAGGUCAGAGCUAAGAGCCUUACCCUUCCUGCUUCAGCGAUUCUCUUCAGCCAAGAGAGACCUACUUCCGGUGUGUUUGUCCUUAUAUAGACUUUCUGUUCUGCCUUCUCAUUGGUUGUAAACCCAACCACAUGACCACCUCGCCACUGCCUGUCUGUACAGACCUUCAGGUCUUCUAUGGUUGGUAUUGAGAUUAAAGGUGUGUGUCUCCAAUGCUGGCUGGGUCCUUGACCACACAGAGAUCUACCUAGCUCUGCCUACCAAGUGCUGGGAUUAAAGUCGUACACCACGAAUGCCCAGCUCCACUAUGGCUUAAUAUUAGCUCUGACCCCAGGCAACUUUAUUUAUUAACAUACAAAUAAAAUCACAUUUCAGUACAAAUAAAAUAUCACCAUAUGCAGUGUUGAAUUUUACUGGAAGAUUGUGAAACAUUAUUCUACCCUAGAAAUUUGAGUUGAUGCCACAUGAACUGAAUGCUCAUUUUCUUGCAUUUACACUAGCAAUUUACAUUGGCAACUCCUCAAAGUUUGCCUUCCCACAAACAGAAUGUAUGGCAUAAGCAUGUGUCCUUUAGGUCCAAACAAUUGUAAUUUAAUAACACAUGGAAAAGUCUUAGGAACAUUUCAUAAUCUCCAAACAAUGUCUUGUUUUAGUUUUAUCACAAUUCAAUUUUUUU